CCACACGCAGUUUUCGCAUGUUUGUUCCACCGCUGCAACUUGCAACUCAAACACCGUCCACCACAAGCGAAUUCCACCACCAAGUAUGAUGGAUGUAGACAUAUCCCCCAACCGAAAAUCGUCUCGCAACCAUUCCACUGAUACCCAUCGCACGAGACGGUCUCAUCGUUCUGGCUCGCAGGAGCGAGACCGUGACCGUCGUGAAAAGCGUAGGGAAAGAGAUUAUGACGACAAACGACGACGCAGUCGCGACCGAGGAAGUGAACGAGAUUAUCGUGAUCGCUCGCGCGAGAGGUCCCACAGGGACCGCGAUCGUACUGAAAAAGACAAAGAAAGGCGUCAUCGUGAUGACGAUAGGCGAGAGCGGGGAGAUGUUCAUCGCCGCGAACGUGAUGGAGACCGUGACAGGCGCCGCAAGAGGGAAGAAACCGAUGAGUCCCCGGACGAACGCUUGAAGAAAAAGAGACAUGAUGACAUGGACGAAUCUUCGGCUGGACUUCCGCCCAAGGACAGUCCACGAAGGGGUCAUGACCGUAGAGAUCGCUCACGUGAACGCAGGUAUCGUGACCCACGAGACGAGUUCGAUGAUCCCCCUCGGUACCGGAAGGAAAGGGACAACACGCACGACAAACGUCCCCCCGUUGACGAUACUCCACUCAACGAGGAGGAACCGGACAGGCAGUCAAUAAAGACAAGUCCCCCGCCAAUCAAACGACCAUCACCUACUUACGAGGCCCCAGAAGACUACAACCCCGAUGAACCUAAAGAAGACGAUUCGGAAGCUCGGUCGGUCUUUGUUUCUCAGCUUGCCGCUCGUCUCACGGCGCGUGACCUUGGGUACUUUUUCGAGGAUAAACUUGGUGAAGGGACCGUAAUGGAUUCUAGGAUUGUUACAGACCGGCUGUCACGACGCUCUAAAGGUAUCGGAUAUGUUGAGUUCCGGUCGAUCGAUUUGGUAGAGAAAGCUAUGUCAUUGAGCGGAACAGUCGUAAUGGGUCUCCCUAUCAUGGUUCAAUUGACUGAGUCAGAAAGGAAUAGGCUUCAUCCAGGAGACGGGAAUCUUAAUCUUCCGCCUGGUGUUCAUGCGCCUCACGGAGCUAUGCAACUUUACGUUGGUUCCUUGCAUUUCAACCUUACCGAAUCCGAUAUCAAGCAGGUCUUUGAACCCUUCGGGGAAUUGGAAUUUGUUGAUUUGCACAGGGAUCCUAUGACCGGGCGCAGCAAGGGUUACGCGUUUGUGCAAUACAAACGUGCCGAGGAUGCCAGAAUGGCUCUUGAACAGAUGGAGGGUUUCGAGCUUGCUGGUAGAACGCUGAGAGUCAAUACAGUCCACGAGAAAGGCACUGUGCGAUACGCCCAACAGGAUUCGUUGGACGAGGCUGGCGGCGGUAAUUUGAACGCAGCAUCACGUCAAGCACUAAUGCAGAAACUUGCUAGAAUUGAGCCUGUUCCGAAACCCCAGCUUGUCAACAAACCGAACAUCCCACAAGCUAUGCAGUCCCGUUCUGUCGUAUUGAAGAACAUGUUUGACCCAGAGGAGUGGGUUCACGUCCAAAUAACCACUGCUCAUCUAACAUACUCGUGCUAUAGGGAAACUGAACGUGACUGGGAUAAAGAGCUCGGCGAUGACGUCAAAGGCGAAUGUGAAGAAAAAUACGGCAGAGUGGAGGCCAUCAAGGUUGAAAGGGAGACACAGGGUGAAAUCUACGUCAAGUUCGACGCAAUCGAAUCCGCCAAGAAAGCUGUACAAGGUCUGAACGGUCGGUGGUUCGGUGGCAAACAGGUGUCUGCGGUAUUUAUCUCCGAUGCGAUAAUGGCUGCCCAUCAAUGAGCGAUAUUUUACCGACGCCACUCGACUAACCAUUUCUCGACUUAUUCGAUGCUGAAGUGAUGACGGUUUGAAGAUAUUGAUGCUUGUAUGCUACAGGUCUCUAUUGGCCAGUUCGAUUGGUAUUCCCAAAAUUAUGCUGUGCAUAGUCUUCCGGAGAAACGAUAACAAGUGCAG